AGCCAGAGCUCGCUCCUCGGCCCACGAGCUCCUAAAGCAGCCGGCCUCAUCCGCAACCUGCUCCUUCUCCGUUGACACUCUGCAUGGCUGCCCGUUCAGCGCCUCACCUUUGGCGCAGGUGGUAGCAGAUCCGAACAGUCGAGGCCAGUGUAGACGGGACGGGAAUCCCUCUGCUUUUCUCGCUGUAAUUUCAGCAGGAUCGAGUGUUUCGACAUUCAGGGCCAAUAGUUGCGCGGGAGGAAGUCGCGGACAGCCUGCCCAACAUGUCGGCUUCAUCCACUCAGUCUAUGGACAGUAACUCGAACGAGAGCGCAGAGAAGAACACUGUCAUCCUUAAGGUCGGUAUCGUAGGCGACGCGCAGAUCGGCAAGACUAGUCUGAUGGUGCGGUACACUGAGGGCCAUUUUGACGAAGACUACAUCCAGACAUUGGGUGUCAACUUCAUGGAAAAGACAAUCUCGAUUCGGAAUACCAACGUAUGCUUUUCACUGUGGGACUUGGGCGGCGCACGAGAAUUCGUCAAUAUGCUACCACUUGUCUGCAAUGAUGCUGUUGCAAUCCUCUUCAUGUUCGACCUCGGCCGCAAGUCGACACUGAACAGCAUCAAAGAGUGGUACCGGCAGGCGCGCGGGUUCAACAAAACCGCCAUCCCCUUGCUUGUCGGAACCAAAUAUGAUGUCUACUGCACCCUGCCAAAAGACGAGCAGGAGGAGAUCGCGAGGCAAGCGAAGAGAUUUGCAAGGGCCAUGACGGCUCCGCUCAUCUUUAGCUCAACCAGUCAUGCCAUCCAUAUUCAGACCAUCUUCAAGAUCAUCCUCGCGAAAGCUUUCGAUCUCAAGUGCACCAUCCCAGAGAUCAAGGGCGGGGGAGAGCCUCUGCUAAUUUACGUCGAGGUAUAAGGGCCUCCAGGCUCUGCUUGCGGGAUAGACCUCCACAUAGGCUCGGAACCUCCUGCCCCUGGUUUAGCGAUGCUGUCGGCAUCCCUCGGCCCGCACUGCGCAUAAGUGCACCUCACAACUCUCAACAGUAUACCCUACA